AUGACGAAUAAGAAUGAAGAUGCAGACGGUUUUGGAGAUCUAUUUGAAAAUAAUGAAUGUAAAUGUGACAUAUCUGCUCCAAAGCAAAGAAAACCUUCGUAUGAACCUGUACAUGUUCCUUGUACAAUAAGUGACAUUCUUCAGAUAUGGUCAAGUCAAUCGAAUGACGAUGUAUCAAGUCGACUUGGAAUUUGUCCUGGUGAUGUUUAUUCAUUGGAUGGAAUGUUUCUUCACACAUGGGGAGAAACUCAUGUUGAGCAACCUAGUCGUUUAACUUCGAUCAUUGAAUGUUUACAUAAUCAUUUCUGGAUUAAUCAUCAAUAUCGUUGGAAAUUAAUCGAAGGUCGUAUGAUAACUAAUGAAGAAAUUUUACUUGUUCAUUCCGAGAGAUUACUUCAAGAAUUUUUGUUGCUUGAACGUGGAGAAGAAAUAAAUGAUGACUUUGUAUCCGUACGAACUCUCUCAUACGCCAAUGCCGAAUAUAAUCUUGAGAGUGUUGGUCCAAUAACUGCUCGAGCGUGUCGGACAGCUGCGGGCUCAACUUUACGUGUAAUUUCAUCGGUUGUUAGCGGCGAUCUCGAUUGCGGUUUUGCAUUGGUUCGACCAGCUGGUCAUCACUCAUCUAGUGAUCAUAUUGGAACAUUUUGUGGAUUGAAUUCGGUAGCAAUUGGAGCUGUUUAUGCUAUUCGUAUUCUUCAUGUCGAUCGAGUUCUUAUUCUCGAUUGGGAUGUUCAUCGAAGUGGAGGUACUGAACAGAUUCUCGGACAAAUGUCUUUAGAAGAUUCGAAAAAAUACCAUCUGAUCGAUAUUUAUGCAGCAUUUGGAAAGUUAUCACAUCCGAGUGUUUCGUCCGAAAAUUGUCAACUGAUUGAUAUGUACAAUCGAAAUCAAAUACCUGGUGACACUGAAUAUUUGCACAUAUUUGACAUGAAAAUUUUACCAUGUAUUCUUGAAUAUUGUCCUUCGUUAAUCAUAAUUUCAGCUGGUUUCGAUGCCGCCAUAGGUGAUUCUGAAGAAUGUGCACAAAUCACGGCGAAUGGAUAUUUUCAGAUGACAAAGAGACUAAAACACUUGAACAUUCCUCUAGUAUUCAUUUUAGAAGGCGGAUAUAAUCAACAUUCAUUAAUUCAAUCCAUAGAAGGAACAUUUCGAGCAUUACUCGACCUUUCAUGA